AACCCGCGCGGGCGUGCCUGGGCCCCGGCUACGGCGGCCCCGCGGAGAGGUCCCCGUGGCCUGGGUGCUGCAGGAUGACGCCCUCCUCCCCCUGCCCUGUGGGCCCUGUCUGCUGUGGGCAGGGAGCCCCACGGCCACGUGCUGCCAGGUCACUGCUGUCCCCCAGUGCCCGAGUGACCAUGAAAACGGCGGACGUGGACCAGUGGGAUGAGACCAUCUGCGACAUGGCUGCUUGUCCGCACCCGCAGUGCUGGGACACCCUCCGCAGGGUGGAGCAGGGACGACCUCGCAUUCGUGCCAGGGACUUGGACCCCCUCUGCAGAGCGUCUGUGGAAAGCGAAGGUAAAGCCCGAGGCAGCGGCACCACUGGCAGGACAAACACGUUCCUCACGUUAGUGAAUCCUGGUAAAGUUUCCCAGGAGUUAGCAGAUGAAUUACCAACGCUGAAGAUUAUAAACUUGCCAAGCAUUUGUUCUUCCCAAAAUGUGACCAGAUGUUCUACACGCAACAGAACAACCACUUUCUCUGCACUGGAGACCUUCUCCUAUGCUUCUCUUCAGGGAACUUCAGCCCAUGACUCAUCUGAGCGAGAUAGUUUAGUGAGUUCAGAAAGACUUCAUUUCCCAGGACUGAACUCAGCAACAGAGUCACAUGCAAUCCUGCACAGACAGAUGAACCUCACCUAUUUGAACAGAGUUGGAAAACUUCAAGUAAUCGAUCUUGGUGAGCUAGCUGCUCCCACUCAGACCAGUUGGCCUGAUGGUGGAAAUUUGAUUGUCAAAUGGAUCCCAAAUAUACAUCGAAAAUCUCAGAGGCCUGUUGUACACACACAAACAGAACUAAAGCCUUUAAGAAGACUGUGUGUUAAAAAUCUUCCCUCUGAAAAUCUCCUUUCCUUGAAAGAAGUGCAAAGCAAAGGAAGAGGCUUUGACACUAAAAGAAAGAAGUCCUGGGAAACCCCUACAGGAAACCAGCCUUAUCUCCUGAACCCCAAAAGAUGCCAAAUAAUGAACUGGUCAUCUAAAAAAACGAAGCCAGCCCCCAAAUACAGAGGCGAAAGUUCUACAGCCACAGAAGGGAAACCAAGAGCUCCUCAGAUAAAAAAGGGGAAUGCUGUCCCCAGGCAUCUGCAGACUGCUACAAUAGUGCAGCUGCAAGAUCGGAGAGCCCUGUUGCUAAUGAACAGGACAGAGCCUGAGGCUAAGCAGAAGCAUAAUCCAGUAAUGGUGAAACAAAAAGUCUUGGAAAGAAUGAGAAACAAACUUUACCUAAGAAAACCACUCAAGAAUGAAACUAGACUAGACUGUAUGGUCUUAUGGCCCCUUUUACCUAAACUGGAACAGCAGCCUCACUGCCAAGGACCAAGUGAGUUGCCAUGCCAGUCUGUGGACUCCCACCCACCAGCAAGCACAGAGGAGACUUCUGCAAACAAAACACUGUCACACAAAACAUCUGCAGAGAGGGAGUGCCAUGAAGUGAAAAGCCUCACAGAACAGCUUACGGGACUUGGGAAGAGGAGAUCUUCAGUGAAGCCUGUGCAGUGCAAGAGCAGCACAACAAAUCUAGUCCUUGAGGGUGUUGAAGAAAACAGGCAUCUGCUAACUGAAAAAGCAAGUGAGCAUGAAAUGUACUGCAGUCACCCAGCAAUCAGGAUGGAAGCGACGCAGGCUCUGGGCUCUCAUCAGGGAGAGGGCAGAGAGCAGCCAGGAGGAACUGCUUUGCCACCUCAUCCUCCACCCGCUUCCCCUUCUCCUCUCCUAUCUAAGGACAAUGAGGAGCCUUCUGGGGCAGAAUCUCCUUUCUGUAUCAGAGGCGGCAUCCAAGGGCUGGUCAGUGAUGAAGGCAGCCUUCCUGAUUAACCUUUCAUUGGACAAAUGCUGAAGAAACCUGUUUCUACCCUGACUAUGAACACUGUGCGGUAUGAUUUGUCCCAAGACACUUUGCUAUCUACAGCUAAGGUGAAAAGACUCAGAAGGAGGUUGAAUGACGUGACUCCAGAAGCCUUGGAACAUACACAACAGGCUCAGUGCUUCGUUAUUUAUUAUAAGUAAAGUUAAAGCUUUCCA